GGGGUACUAGGGGGUUCGGGGGCAUGCCCUGCGAAAUUUAUCUCUUCUAGACGCCCGAAAACAGCAUUUGAGGCGUUCUGGGCAAUCAUUUUUUCUUUAUUCUUUUUUUUUCUUUUUUUAACUUCCCAAAAGGGGGGGGGGAGAGCCGCCCGGCCCCGCCCUAAUUUCGCCCCUGGUACUGACUAAUUAGAACAGACCGUGAAUAUUAUAUGCGCUUGAAGUUGGUGAGUGGGCGAGGCUGAGUGGAAAUGAAUCUUAAUGAAUUUGGUAAGAGGCCCUCUAUAAGUUUAAAGUUAACUCGGACCAUGACUGGGACACAGUUGCGUCGUACGAUGAGUCGAAUGGUAUAAAAUUGAUCAAAAUGCGAGCUAUUAUAGAUCUAUAUAUACAACAGCGAUCAUACGAUAGAUAGAUCUAGUCAUAUCACGAGUUGUUUGAGUUUGUGAGACCAACUACGAAAAGAAUUUCCAUUUAUUAUGGAACCAGUCAAAACAAUACGACAUAUCCUUACUGUGGAACCUGUAUCUUUCUUGUUUUACACCUCCAUGUUUCUACAAAAUGGAGGAGGACAGCAAUUUGUAUUUUACAAAGUUUGUUUCCUCAAGUACAACCAAUCUGACAUCUGCUGGAACUUGACCCUUGGACAGAAGAUGCAGCAGUACCAAGAUAUGGAGGAUUACUCAGUAUCUGCUACAUCGCAUUGGGUGAUACUUUUAAACCUCCCUGUAACCAUUCCUGCUAUCUUCACUUCAAUCUGCUUUGGCGCCUGGUCAGAUAAGUACGGACGCAAGCCAAUGAUGAUACUUCCAGCAUUUGGUUUCAUUGUUUUAUCAAUCUUCUAUUUGUUUGAAGCAUUGAACAUGGAAAUGCCACUAGAGUUUUUGAUAAUCGGUAACCUAAUUGCAGGAAUCUGCGGUGGGUUUGUCGCAAUAACCUUCGCUACCUUUAGUUACAUCGCUGAUGUAACUACAAAGGAGAAUCGUACCGUGCGAAUGGGUAUUCUACAGUCCAUGACGUUCUCUAGUAGCAUUGUAGGUCUUUUAACUUCAGGCAUAAUUGUGGAAAAUCGUCAGUAUGGAUUCAUCGUUCUUUAUUGCCUUGUUGCCAGUUGCAAUGUCAUACUUAUUGUGUACACUCAGUUCUGGUUGCCAGAAUCCAUUGGACCAAACAAAGACGCAUAUUUUAAAUCCAUAACCAAAGAAAACAAUAGAGGGAAUACAGAUGAGGUCACUGAGUUCAAAUGUAAGGUUUGCUGUACAGAUAUGUGGAAUCCUAGAAACUUCAAGAUUGUUUACCAGGAUGUAAUGAAAAAAAGAGCAAAUUUUGACCGUUUUAUGCUGUUUUUGUUGUUUAUGUCUUUGUUUAUACUACAGAUUGUUUUGGCAGGUGAUAGUCAGAUAUUUGCUUUGUAUGCGAAAGAUUCAAUUCAUCUUAGCCCAGCUGAAACCGGUUACUACACAGCAUCAAAGAAUGCUGCCAUGUUUGUAGUUGCCAUAGUAACCUUGUUGAUUGUGAGGAAAUUAAAUCUAAAUGAAAUCAGAUGCUGUAUAUGUGGGAUACUUAUCGCUGUGUUUGGAUUCCUGGGUGUCAGCCUAGCACGCUCCCAAGACGUCUUGUGGGCUAUGUUAAUCUUCUUAUCACCGGUCGGUGUGGCAGUGUCAAUCGUCAGAGGUGCUAUUUCAAAAACAGUUAGCCCAGAAGAACAAGGAAGUGUGUUUGCGGCUUUGUCUUCCCUGGAAAACCUCAUGGUGUUUGUUGCGGUAUUCAUCUUUAAUAGCCUUUAUCCGGUUGCGAAGGGUGCGCCUGUAUUUGGUGGUGGCUAUGUGUACUUUUACAUGGCUCAACUACUCUUAAUUCCUUUCAUCUUGAUGAUGUGGGUUGGAGACUUGAUGGGGUUUGUAGUGAAAGACAGAUUGAUUAAUGAUUUUAUUGGUGAUGUAGUUACUUAAGUGCUAAACUGAACAAUUAGAUGAUUACUUAUUAUAGCCUUAGCACUUAGUGUACACGCCCAAACUCCUUUUAAUGAAUUCUGAUUACCGAACUAAUGUUUAAUGUCUGUCACAUGACAUGACAUGACAUGACAUGUAGCAGCCAAUCACAGCAAAGGGGUCAUAGUUUUAAGUUUCCUUUUAAAUUUUUAUAUGACAAAUGAAUCUUGUUUUUAUAGAUGUAAAAAUAUAAUAUGGACUAUAUUUAUAUAUAAAUUAGCACUCCAGAUAUUUGCACCAAAAAAAUAUAUAUAUAUAAUAGAGAUAAUUGAGGCCAAAAAUUUGUGUUACACAAGCUCAAUCUUGAAUGGUUAUCAGCAGUGGAAUAAAAUAAUGUAAAUAUUGUUUACAUAGUACAUUGUUAAAAUACAAAAUAAUGUAUUUUAUAGUAAAAUGGUAUAUUUUUUUUGUUUUAAUAUUUGUAGAUAUGAUAUAUCCAUAAGAUAUGUACAUAAGCAUGCUAAUGUUAAUGAGCCAGUAGAAAGAUGAAUGUAUUUUAUACUGAAAAAAUAUGAGUAUGUUCUUAAUAUUCUUAUGAUGAAUUUGAUAAUAGAUAAUUAUAUAAAUAGCAAAGCAUAAUAUUUUAACAUAUUUUGUACUGAAAUAAAACUACAGUAUUUUUAUUUUGAUAAAUAUAUAUAUAUAUAUAUAUAUAUAUAUAUAUAGUAAGGUGUAAUACAUAAAUUGUGUAUAUACUGUGCACAUGAUAGGUGUACAGUACUUGUGAUAAUGUUAAUUAGUUGAUACAACUCCACCAGAUCAUAAAGGGGCCCCCAUGAUGUUACCGACCUCUCUGCAUUUCCAAAAGCUUGUCAGCCUGUAAAAUAAUUUGAAAACCAACAACUGACCAAUUGGAACAAGGCAAGGUAUACGCACAUGUCCAACAAAUACACACGUGCUGUCCUACAAACGUACAUGUGUACGUACAUUUACACUAUCAUUUUGUAGGACCUUCGCAACAAUGUCCAAGGGGCGGGGCUUUGUGGAAAGGUCCAUUAUUUUUUUAUCAAACCCAUAUAUAGAUAUGAUGAUGUCAUAUCAUACCCAUAUAUGGACAUGAUUUCAUAUCAAAGUCAUCACAUGUAUGUUUGUACAAUUUUGAGAUGUAUAUUGUUUUACUGCAAUAAUUACUGUGCAAACUUAUAAAUUUUCAAUAAAUUAUAAUUAGUGUAAUUAUUUGUA